CCAUUUAGCCGCACAGUGUGUGCAUGUUCUGGACUGACUGACUGACGCUGUCCGCUGGCUGGCAGGCAGGCAGGCAGGCAGUCGACGGCAACGGUGAGCUGCCUCUGAAGUGAAAAGCAGCGGUAGACGGUGAAAGUGAAAGGAGGGCUCCAUAACUGUAGGAAGCACCUAGCACUCGGUCCCCCCACACAGACAGACAACAUAGGGAGAGAGGCCCCGGGUCUAUCGCUUCCAGGCAGCAGCAGCUCAGCGGACACAGCCAUGGCUAACAUCGCGGUCCAAAGGAUCAAGCGGGAGUUCAAAGAAGUUCUCAAAAGCGAAGAGACAAGUAAAAACCAGAUAAAAGUAGAUUUGGUGGAUGAGAACUUCACAGAGCUGAGGGGGGAGAUAGCAGGUCCUCCAGAUACACCAUAUGAAGGUGGCAGGUAUCAGCUUGAAAUAAAAAUUCCAGAAACUUAUCCUUUUAACCCACCAAAGGUGCGUUUCAUCACUAAGAUCUGGCACCCUAAUAUCAGUUCUGUGACAGGAGCAAUAUGUCUGGACAUUUUAAAAGACCAGUGGGCAGCUGCUAUGACACUGCGGACAGUGCUAUUGUCUCUACAGGCUCUCCUUGCUGCAGCAGAACCAGACGAUCCACAGGAUGCAGUAGUAGCCAACCAGUAUAAGCAGAACCCAGAAAUGUUCAAACAGACUGCGAGGCUGUGGUCUCACGUCUAUGCUGGAGCUCCCGUGUCCAGUCCUGACUACACACGUAAAAUAGACAAACUCUGUGCCAUGGGCUUUGAUAAGAAUGCAGUAAUAGCGGCAUUGUCUUCAAAAUCCUGGGAUGUGGAAACGGCGACAGAGCUGCUCCUCAGCAACUGAGGUGUGAGGAUCCCAAACAAACUCCCUUCAUCACAGCAUCAGCUCCUCCCUGGCACAUUCCACCAUUGCCUUUUGUUACACCCUUUUCACCACAGCAGUCUGAGCCUUCUUUUAUAACAAAUUUGUUUGCUAUAAACAACACCGGUAGCACCACGGUCGCCAAUAUGCACACCACACGGUUGCCUGUCUGAUCCCAUCUGUUCAUUAUGCUGAGUCUCACAAAAUCAAAACGUGCAUCCUUGUAAUAGGCCCCCGAAAACUUUCAGUCAUGCAUCUUAUCUUCCAUGCCCUUCAAUCAUACUGGCUCUGAAACUUUCUUCACAAAUUUUAUGUUCCUUAAUAUUGCAAACAAUCAGAUUUAACUGCCACUGCCUGGUAAGGAUAAAAAUUUAAAGGAAAUCCUACAUACUGCUCUCACAGCACAUCACCAUGUACUCCCUCAGCUACAAGUUGGACCUUGUGUUAGAUUAAUCUCUGUUUCAUGGACAUUUAAUACUGUAAAGGUCUUGCUGGAUUUAAAUAUACUUGACUGGAUAGUGUUCUGCAUGAGCAGUGUAACGGAUUUUUCCUGAACAGUUUUAUCAGAGAUGCUUCAAUCAUCUGCAGAGGUUUGGAUAUACAGAAGUUUUUCUUUCAGUCUGUAUAAGUAGAAAAGAUCACACCGACAUCCUUCGACAUCUGCACACAUGCACAGAAGAAAAAAGUUAUCUGUAAAUAGAUGCGUGUACAUUUGAAAAUACAAUGGGGAUAUACUUUUCUUUCUUACAUGGCAUUGUAAAACAAAUUAUUUUAAAUAUAAAACUAUGCCUAGUUUACAAUUAUAUGGAAGAGAGAUCUUUUUAUGCUUUUGUGACCCAUGAGAACUCCCUUUGAAUGUCCUGUUGUGUUUUCUUUCUAAGAUUGUUGUUCAGAGGUGGCACAGCCAAAAUCCUGGCCCUGAUGGCACAGCAGGUGUUGGCCAGCUCAGGGCUCUGUCCUGAAGGUCACUACACGCCACUUUUUCUGCUACACCACAAUCCAACCUUUUUGUGUCUUUUAACGUCCUUGCAUGUUCUAUGCUGC